AUGAACGGCUUCAGUCUACACGAGGAGCUCGUCAGUCUGCAGGAGAACGAUGUGCAGUUUGAGGAGGAGUUGCAUAUCUUGGACCUCCACGAGGAUGAGACGGUUGCCAUACUGGAUGAGCUGAUUGAGAGUGUUGGAGAGCCUGGCCAGAUUGUCAAUCAGCAGAUAUUGGACCGCAUACGCAGUUUUAUCAAGCACUUUGAUGGCCUGCCCUCACCACUGGCCCACAAAUUCGUCGAUUUGUUUGUCUCUGCAUUUGCGGGACAGAUAAAAGCCACCCAUGUCGAUCUCGCCGAAAACGCGCAACAUAACUUUGAACAGGACCGGAUAGCGCUGCAGAUAUACGCGUUCUGUUGGCAUUGGAUGAUGGAGGUUGCCGAGAACCGCUGGAAAUCCAUAAUGAAGGAGAAGGAGAAGGCUGGGGUUACGGCGAAAGCGAAAACAACGAGAGCGAAAGGAAAACGGGAUACAUCCAUAGAGUGGGAUUGGUUGACGCAGAAACAGGAUGCUAUGAAAGCGGCGGAGAACCUCGUGGCAUUGGACCUGAGCAGGAUUAUCAUCGCCUCCUCUGACCGCGACACGCUUUUUGGAAUGAUCACAAAGUCGCUGUCGGUGGUGUUGGAGGAUCCUGCAACAAUGAAAGAUGAGGACCUCAAAUCCCAUAUCACCAACAUCUUCUGCAUCUGCGUUACGUCAUAUGAUGGGACAGUCAGUCAUGGCUUGCAGACGAGGAUAGUGGAACAAUACCUCCGCGAAGAGCAUCUUUCGGAGUUUAUUGCGGAUCUUAUGCACACGCUGGUCGUGAAAUAUGAGAAUACGAGGCUUGUUGAGAAUGUGUUGAGGCAUUGCGCCAGCAAGGACUUCAACGACAAGGACCUCAAGCUGGCGAAAGCCUUUGCGAAAUUCUUGACUCGCAUCUCCGAGAUCCUGCCGAAAGAGGUGUUGAAACAGAUGGUUCACAUCCAAGUAUUCCUUGACUCUGAGUCGUACACACUCAGGAUGGGCAUGCUUGAGGUUAUCGGUCACAUCAUUCACAAUCAUCUCGCGAUGGACAGCUCGGAGAGCGCUGCUGCGUCGCUGACCUCAUACUAUGAUGUGCUGCAAGAGCGGUUCAGGGAUGUGAGCUCUUAUGUGAGGGUCAAGGUUCUGCAAGUGCUGUUGAGAUUGACCGAACGACGAGACGACUCAGCCGUCACCGACAUCCCCCUCGCCAUCCGCCCAGCUCUGAUAUCCCUAACAUCCGGCCGACUGCACGACAAAGCCAGCAACGUCCGCAAGAACGCCAUCAAACUGCUCACAAAGUUCAUCCAAACGACCCCGUUCAUCGCCUUCCCGCAAGACGAGGGCAGGUUGUCCCGCCUGUACUUUGAACAGAAACAUCGCAGUCUGGAGGAGGUGUUGAAGCAGAAGUUCCCGAAGGAGGACUUACCGGGGUUGGAAGAGGAGGGCGAGCGGACGCAGGAGGGGGAUGUCGCACCAGCCGCGGAAAGCAGUGUGGCCGGUGAAAUGACAAACCCGUUUGAUGACAACGCGCAGCCAGCUGCUACCGGUUCUGCCACGGAGACACCCGGCGCAACUCUGGUAGCUGGUGAAGAAGAAUUACGAACACUCCGCGGGUUCAUGAAGUACUACAAAGACGGCAUCCGCUUCGUCAAGCAGAUUGAAGACCUGGUCCCGACGAUGUGCCAGCUGCUCGCGUCGAACGUCAAGGGGGAGGUCGUUGAGGCUAUGAAUUUUUUCGUGGUUGCGCAUCAAUAUCAGAUGGAGUGUGCUAAUGUUGGAGUCCGGCAAAUGGUCCACAAGGUGUGGGACAAAGACGCUGGGGAGACGGAGCGGAUGAGUGUGAGGGAUCAUUUGAUGAGGAGCUAUAUCGCUGUUUACUUUGAGAAUGGGGCUUCGGAGAGGUUGCCUGAGGAAGAGAUUGCUGAUAACUUGAUCAGACUUACAUUCACAAUGACGCUAGCGGAACUGACCUCCCUAGAACAGCUCAUCUCCAUGCUUGUAACAGCCAACGCCUUCAAAACCCCCACUCUCCAACUCCUCUGGACCGUCUUCGCCUCCAAAAAGCAGCCCCCCCGUCGCCGCCGCGGCGCCAUCAUGAUCAUCGGCAUGGUCGGCAAAGCCAAAAAGGAGAUCAUCGCCGACAACUGGGAAACACUCCUUAAAAUCGGGUUGGGCGAGUCUGCAAAACACGAUUUGGUGUUGGCUCGAUAUACAUGUAUCGCGCUGCAACAACUCGGCGCUGCGAAACGCACGAAAGGGUCGGUUGCGGCGGGACAGAUGCGGUUUCCGGUCUCGCACCCGGUUGUGACCUGUUUGAAGACGUUGUUGUUGGAACCCUCCUCGGCGAUGGAGUGGUUUGGCUUCGCGGAGCAAGCUGUCAACACGAUUUAUUUGUUGAGUGAGCAGCCGGAUGAGACCUGUGGGGAGAUUGUCAAGCAUAUCGCCGCGCGUGUGCUGGGGUUCUCCAAGCCACCCCCGGUGCAGGAUGGUGAUGACCCGACUGUGGAGCUGUUGUCGACGCAGAUGGAGCGGAAUUUGAUGAUUGGGGAGGAGGGGCAAAGUGAGACGGCGACGUUGGCGUCGUGUGACCCGCUGGAAUUGGCUGGGUUGUGCUUUAUUGUGGGGCAUGUGGCGAUCAAGGAGAUUGUGCAUUUGGAGGCUGUUGAGUCGGAGUGGAAGAGGCGGAAGCAUGCUGAGGACCUCGCCAAGACCCCGCGAAAACAGGGAGCCGCGGACGAGCUGGACCAGGUGACGGGGACUGCGGAGGAUGAGUUUUCGGAAGCCAUUGCGCAUAUCAGGGAACGGGAAUUGUUGUUUGGGAACAAUACGUUGUUGGGCUCGUUUGGGCCGCUGAUUGCGUUCAUUUGCGCUAAUAACCGGAGUUUCAACAAUCCGAUCCUCCAAAUAAUGGCCGUCCUAGCUCUCUGCAAAUUCAUGUGCAUCAGCCCCGACUUUUGCGACGCCCACCUCCAACUUCUCUUCACCAUCCUCGAAAAAUCCGAAGACGCCAUCAUCCGCUCCAACGCCAUCAUCGGCCUCGGCGACAUGACCGUCUGCUUCAACUCCCUCAUCGACCAGAACAUCUCCUACCUCUACAACCGUCUCAAGGAUAACGAUCCCACCGUCAAGAAAAACACGCUUAUGGUCCUCACCUUUUUGAUUCUGAAUGGGAUGGUUAAAGUCAAAGGGCAGACGAGCGAGAUGGCGAAAUGUCUGGAGGAUGAGGAUCAGCGGAUCAGUGAUCUGGCGAAACUGUUCUUUACGGAGUUAGCGAGCAAGGAUAAUGCGGUGUAUAACAAUUUGCCGGAUAUCAUCAGUAAUUUGUCGAAUGGGGAGACGGGGGUUAGUGAGGUGGCGUUUGCGAAUAUUAUGAAGUUUUUGUUGGAUUUUAUCAAGAAGGACAAACAAACCGAAAACAUCGUCGAAAAGCUCUGCCUCCGUUUCCGCAACGCCGACACACCGCGACAAUGGCGCGACAUCUCCUUCUGCCUGUCGCUGUUAUCCUUCAGCUCGGAAAAGAGUAUCCGAAAGUUUGUCGAGCAUUUGCCGCAGUACCAGGAUAAACUGCAUGAACCGACGCUGUUUAAGCAUUUCUUGGAGAUUACCGCUAAGGCAUGGAGGGGAUGA